AUGGCUCGCUGGGGACUCCUGCUGGUGCUCUGGGGCUACUGCACCUUCAGUCUCCCUGCGGACUCCAGCAUCUUAAGAAGGAUCUUCCUCAAGAAAAUGCCCUCAGUCCGGGAAAGCCUGAAGGAGCGAGGUGUGGAUGUGGCCAAGCUCAGUGCUGAGUGGAGUCACUUUAACAAGAGAGUCUCCCUUGGCAACGGCACCUCCCCCAUGAUCCUUACCAACUACCUGGAUACCCAGUACUAUGGUGAGGUUGGCAUUGGCACUCCACCCCAGAUCUUCAAAGUCGUCUUUGACACUGGUUCGGCCAACCUCUGGGUGCCCUCCAGCAAGUGCAGCCCUCUCUACACUGCGUGUGAGACUCAUAACCGCUACGACUCUUCGGAAUCCUCCAGCUAUGUGGAGAACGGGACAGAAUUCACCAUCAGCUAUGGAUCGGGAAAGGUUAAAGGUUUCCUGAGCCAGGACGUGGUGACUAUGGGUGGAAUCAUGGUGACACAGACGUUUGGAGAAGUCACAGAGCUGCCUGUAAUACCCUUCAUGCUGGCCAAGUUUGAUGGGGUCCUGGGCAUGGGAUUCCCUUCCCAGGCUGUCAGUGGAGUCACCCCUGUCUUUGACAACAUUGUCUCUCAGGGGGUGCUAAAGGAGGAUGUCUUCUCUGUCUACUACAGCAGGAAUUCCCACCUGCUGGGAGGAGAGAUUGUUCUGGGAGGCAGUGACCCCCAAUAUUACCAGGGGAACUUCCACUACGUGAGCCUCAGCAAGACUGGCCUCUGGCAGAUCAAAAUGAAGGGGGUGUCUGUGAGGUCUGUCACUCUGUUCUGUGAGGAGGGCUGCAUGGCUGUGGUGGACACCGGCGCUUCCUUCAUCACAGGACCCACUAGCUCCCUGAAGCUGCUCAUGGAGACUCUGGGGGCCAAGGAACUGAUCACAAAUGAAUAUGUGGUGAACUGUAACCAAGUGCCUACACUUCCCGACAUCUCUUUCCACCUCGGAGGCAGAGCCUACACACUCACCAGCACGGACUAUGUAUUACAGGACCUUGACAGUAAUGAUGAUGACCUGUGUACACUGGCCAUCCAUGGCCUUGACAUCCCACCACCUACUGGGCCCCUCUGGGUCCUCGGUGCCAGCUUCAUCCGAAAGUUCUACACGGAGUUUGAUCGGCGUAACAAUCGCAUUGGCUUUGCCUUGGCCCUCUGA